AUGAGUGAGAAAAGGGCCAGGGUUUGUUUUAUAGCAUUUCAAUUUUUGCAUGUAAUUUAUAAGUAUGACUACGAGUACAAGAGUUGUCAUUUGCAAACCCAUCAUGAGUAUUGUCCUUAAAGACAAUACCAAAAUAUGUUAAGCUAGGAUGUGAAUGACAAUUUUUGUACAUGGUUGACAAGUAAAAUAAUCUGGUGUUAGCCAGAAUAACAUAAAGUAUGGUGCAUCAGGGCACAGUGAAGCUUAAUGGGUUAACAAGGCACAUUGCCAGAUUGUCUGGUUAACCCAUUGAGUGGCAGUAUGUCCCCUUGAACUAUUUAACUAAACAUACAUGCAGAGGCGCCGGAAUAUCGAUAAUUGGGGGGGCAGAUAUUCAUAUAUUCGUGUCCUGCCCAAUUAAUUUCUUUUUGAAAUCGAUUGUUUUUACAGUCUGUGAACACGAAUAUAUGAAUAUCUGCCCCCGCUAUUAUCGAUUCUCCGGCGCCUCUGCAUACAUGACUUUUCUGAAACUGCCAAACUCCCAUAGAAUGUGCCAACAGCGAUUAUCAGUGGAUCAUUUAGUGGAACAAUAUCGACAUUACUUCUACAACCUCUUGAUCUUUUGAAAACAAGAAUACAAAUUGAUAAGUAUAAUAGGUAAAUAAUUUAUAACACACUUUGGCCUGUCCAAACAAAGUCAACUCGGUUGCUGCAAAAUUAAUUUCUCAGUGCUCCAACCAGGAAUCGCCCCAAGGGCAUAUAUUUUCUGGGGGACCAUGCCCCCCGGAUGGUUGGACAAUAAUUAAACUAGGGUUGGGCGAUAUUUCGAUAUUUUGAUUUAUCGCGAUAUUUUCAAUUGCGAUUAUCGUAUCGAAGGUAGAAACGUGAGCGACGAUAUAUCGAAAUUAUCGUCAUGCUCGAUGACUAUCGUGAUAUUGCUUCACAUGUGUAUUAUUAGCUGUUAUAAAAUCCUAAAAAAUUCUUUCAAUUCCUAGAAAAAUAUAGUUAUUAAAAGAAUUAAAACGAUUUCCUGAAUUAAAUACGAAUUUAAUACGACACAAAAGUUAAUAUUUAUGUAUUAAUCUCACUGCUGAACAAUGAAACUGCAGGCUUUGCUUGCGCUAUGUGCCCAUGGUAUUUGUGCCAGCGGAGUUUAUGGACAGUAAAUAUUAGACUAGAAGAAGCCUUCAUAUUACUUUAAUUUGUUAUAUAAGCUUACUAUGCUUUGAUACUAAUUAAAAUUGAAAAAAUAUGGUCAUUGUUUUUAUCGCGAUAUUAUCGAAUAUCGUGAUAAUUUCCUUGACAAUAAUCGUGAGAUUAUUUUUUUAAUAUCGCCCAACCCUAAAUUAAACCCCACUCGUUUGGGCCUGGCUGUGCCCCUGCAAGCAUCUCAACAGCGUAUCAGUCACACAGAGCUUGUAUGAUAAUCCAGAGACCCAAGGUUUGAUUGACAACACUUGUCUGUGACAAUGGUAAAGUUUAUGCAUGUCAAUUUUUCUUUUUUCAUAUCAUAUCAGGUCUAAAGGUUUAUGGAAGACAUUUAAAGAUGUUGUCAAAAAUGAAAAAGUAAAGGCGUUAUGGAUGGGAACAAUUCCUGUACGUUUAGUAGAUAUAUAUUGGGGUGGUGUUUGUAUUAGAGAGAUACCAUAUUAGAGGUGUGUCUGUAUUAGGGAGGUGUCUGUAUUAGAGGUGUGAGGUGAAUGUAUUAGAGAGGUGUCUGUAUUAGAGAGAUACCAUAUUAGAGAGAUGUCUGUAUUAGAGAGGUGUUUGUAUUAGAGGUGUCUUCAUUAGAGAGGUGUCUUCAUUAGAGAGAUCUCUGUAUUAGAGAGGUGUCUUCAUUAGAGGUGUCUUCAUUAGAGAGGUGUCUUCAUUAGAGAGAUCUCUGUAUUAGAGAGGUGUCUGUAUUAGAGGUGUGAGGUGAAUGUAUUAGAGAGGUGUCUGUAUUAGAGAGAUACCAUAUUAGAGAGAUGUCUGUAUUAGAGAGGUGUCUGUAUUAGAGGUGUCUGUAUUAGGGAGGUGUCUCUAUUAGAGAGGACUGAGAGGUGCCUUUAUUAGACAGGUGUCUUUAUUAGAGAGGUGUCUCUAUUAGAGGGGUCAUUCUAUUAGAGGGGUGUCUCUAUUAGAGAGGUAUCUGUAUUAGAGAGGUGUCUGUAUUAGAGAGGUGUCUCUAUUAGAAAGGUGUCUUCAUUAGAGAGGUGUCUCUAUUAGAGAGGUGAAUGUGUUAGAGAGGUGUCAGUAUUAGAGAGAUGUCUGUAUUAGAGAGGUGUCUGUAUUAGAGAGGUGUCUGUAUUAGAGAGGUGUCUGUAUUAGAGGUGUCUGUAUUAGAGUUGUCUGUAUUAGAGAAGUGUCCAUGUUAGAGAGGUGUCCAUAUUAGAGAGAUGUCUGUAUUAGAGAGAUGUUUGUAUCGGAGAGAUGCCUGUAUUAGAGGUGUCUGUGUUAGAGGUGUAUUUAAAUUGCUACUUUCUGCACUGUAGUCACUGUACCGCACAGUUCCUGGAGUUGGAAUAUAUUAUGGUUGUCUACAUUUGUUGGAUGGAGGACUGAGGUAGUGCCAAGUCAUCCUUUCUGCAUUUGAUGCUGUAUAUAAACUACCUUUGAAAUUAGUUUGUUAAGACCAUUAAUUCCCUACAAAAGUAGUAAAUGUAAAUUGCUCUUAUGUAUUAGAGAAAGGCCAAGUAACUUGAAAAGAUUUGCAUCAGGAGCAACCGCAAGAAGUUGUGCUGUACUGUGUCUCAUGCCAGUUAACGUUAUCAAAAUAAGAUUCGAGGUAAUGGAAAGGAAUUAUUUUCUGGUUGUAUUUCCUCAAACUUAUACUCAUAUUAUUUGUAUAUAUGGAUAAAAAAUAUGUCAUUCCUUUCAGAGUGGCAAAUACCACUAUAGAACAGUUCCUAAGGCUUUCAGUUACAUUUGGUCAACUGAAGGUAUACAAGGUACUUGGUUAACGUUUUGUUUUAGUAAAACUUUGUUUUUCUAGUAAAACUUGUGAUGAAAUAUUUAUAUCUUCAUCAAAGGUUAAUUUUAAUCUGUAAGCUCAGAAACAGAUUAUAUUAUAAUUUCCAGACGGUGAUGUACCAGUUGUGCUAUUGUUGGCGCUUACUGAGAAAUGCCAUAUAUUACUUUUUCUAGUAAUUUCUUUGCUAUUAUGUUUCCUCACAAAAACAUUUACUCUAGGUUUAUACCGUGGAAGUUUUACAACAGUUCUACGUGAUGCUCCCUUCUCUGGUGCCUACUUGAUGUUCUAUGGCCGCAUCAAAGAAAUCGCAAAACAAAGUAAGAAAAUAGGCUGAAACAAACCAUUGUCAAACCCCAAUUUGAUUUCAUAAUGAUCGAAUAAUGAAGGCUGCUUGAUUGGAUAUAUUGAGUGAUUUUUUUGUCUAGGUCUUGGGAAAGAAGAAUUGAAUUCCUCAGUCGUUUCGAUAUGUGGUCUAAUAUCUGGUAUUCUGGCCUCCGUCCUCACACAUCCAGCUGAUGUCGUUAAAACAGCGAUACAAGCAAGCACAGAGCCUUACCAUAAUGUAACAAUAGUUAAAAAUAUUUUUAAGGUAACAGCUUUUGGAUGAGAGUAAUUGAAACCCUGACAGACCUAAGACGUAUGUGUUUUACUUGUUGCAUUAUGGAUGUCCUAAUCUUGUAUUUUUUUUGAGAAAAAAAAUAAAAAUGCCACCCAUCUUUUUCCAUUUUUGUCCAUUCCAGCAAGCAAAAGCAACAAUCAAUAUGCCUUUCAUUCAACCAACAAUUUUAGCAGUUCACACUUGUUUGUCUUUGUAGGAAACUGGUCUGCAGGGAUUUUUCAAAGGUUUUGUACCUCGAGCUUUGAGAAGAACUUUAAUAUCAGCAAUGUCGUGGACAGUUUAUGAAAAGGUGACAUAGAUUAUUACAUUUAGAGAAGUUUAAAUGUAUUGUUGUCCAAAGGAGUAAAAAAAGUAGUGACAAAAAAAAGUCAAGCAAAAUUUGAUAACAUGGUCGUUAAUAAAUUUGUUAUUUUUUCUAGAUAAUGUCCAUUAUUGGAAUCAAGUGA